AUGGACCACCACAUGUUAAAUAAUCUCAAUAUUUACUACCAGAAUGUUAGAGGAUUGCGCACAAAAUCACAUUCUUUCCUUUCCAAUGUCGUACAGUCUAACUAUGAUAUAAUUUGUCUAUCCGAGACAUGGCUAACUCCUGAUUUCAGUGAUUAUGAGUACUUUCAUGUUGGGUAUAAUGUAUACAGACAAGACAGGGGCGCGGGUGGGGAGCGCGGCGGUGGUGUACUAAUUGCUGUCCGCCGAGACCUGCGCGCGCGCCGCCGGGAUCAGUGGCGCUCGGCGCGCACCUCCGAGGAGUUGUGGGUUAGCAUUGACUUGGUAAUGUCGCGGACGUGCUGCGCCGACGCACCCCGCGGGCGCCCGCGGCCACGUUUGCGCAUGCGCAACGCAUUCAUGCAAAAUUUUAGACGGGAUGCGUCCAGCGAGACACCAUACUUUCCAUCGACGCCUCCCCGUCUUGACGGUUCAUUGGCUCCGAGUAAGACAGAGAUGCUCGUUUGGACAGCGCACGACGCAUUCGGUAAAAGCUGGUUCCGACGUCCGUCGCGCAUUCCCAUGCGCGGUAUGCCCGCGGGAGCUAUGCAACCAAUUUAA